AUGGCUAAACCUGCAUGGAUUUAUGCAGAUUCUACAGUUCAACAUCGAGCUGGAACAGAAGCGAUGUUACAAAAUGAAGACUUGAAAGUUGUUGAAUCUGAACGACGUCUCUGGGGCACUUGGAACUAUGUUGCAUUCUGGCUGUCAGAUGCUAUAAAUAUCAGUACAUGGAUGGUUAUAAGUGCCAUCAUCGGAGAUUUGUCUUGGUGGGAAGCAUGGCUCUGUGUUUGGAUUGGAUAUACGAUUAUUGCCGUAUUUCUCUGUAUUUCAGGCAAAACUGGUGCUGUUCAUCAUAUAUCAUUUCCGGUUAUUGGGCGUGCAUCAUUCGGCAUCUUCGGUAGCCUAUGGCCAAUUUUAAAUCGAGGUAUAAUGUCCUGUGUUUGGUAUGGAGUACAGGCAUGGAUCGGUGGACAGUGUGUCAUCAUUUGUAUUCGUGCAGUCGUGCCAUCAUUUCAAUAUCUACAAAACACAUUUUCCACAUCGUCGGGUACUAAUACACGUGACUUUAUUGGAUUUAUGAUCUUUUGGUCGCUAUCAAAUAUUGCCAUAUGGUUUCCAGCACAAAAGAUGCGUCAUUUAUUUACAGCAAAAUCAAUUGUUGUUCCAAUCGCCGGUCUACUCUUCUUUACAUGGGUUGUUCUGAGAGCUAAAGGCAUUGGACCAGUUCUUUAUCAAUCAACAAUUCUGCCUACAACAAGUAGUGUUCGUUGA